AUGGAAACAUCAACUGCCUCAAGAGACAAGUCAAACAACACUGGUAGCAUGGAUACCGACAACAACAGCAAUAGCAGGAAUCAGCAACACGCACACAGGCCCAAAGUCGAAUCCAUCGAGGUCGUCACCUCCAUCUCCAACGCAAACGUACACGAGGAUGGCAGCAUCACCCCCACCCCUUCAACAGUCGUCGGGACGAGCGUCUUUGAGAACGGAGUCCUUGCGGCUGCUGUCCAGCAGGACCCUAGCCUCUUGAAGAAUGGCAGCCUUAGUGCCAUCAUGGAUCUAUCUGAAUCUAUCGCAUCUACGUCCUUAUCCGCCGGAGGACCGUCGACACUACUUGCACCAGGUCAUCCUUCCGUAGGAGCACCGUCAGGGUCGAAUAUCUCAUCAAGGUCCACCUCACCCAACCCAGGAGUUUUCGAUCAACAACAGCAACAACAACAACAACAACAGCAGCAACAACAACGGCAGAGAGAACUCCAUUAUGAAAGCGCCAACGCUGUGCUCGUCCCACCACUGAACUUUGCGCUGGUUGCCCCAGGAGUCUACAGAUCAGGACACCCCAACAAACACAACUUUCCAUUCAUGAAGAAACUGGGCCUCAAAGUGAUUGUCCAAAUGAGCGAAGAGCCCUACGCCCCAGACUUGGUCGACUUUCUUGAGCAGGAGAAUAUCAGGAGAAUCCAUUACAAAAUCGAAGGAAACAAAGAGCCAUUCAUUGAGAUCGACGAGGAGGUCAUCAGGAGUGCGCUUGUCAAUAUACUAGAUGCCAGGAAUCACCCACUCCUGAUACAUUGUGCCAAAGGAAAGCAUCGCAUUGGGUGUCUGAUUGGAUGUCUUCGCAAGAUUCAAAACUGGUCAAUGACCUCUAUCUUUGAUGAAUACCGGAGGUUCGCAGGAAGCAAAGUCCUUGCAGACCAAGAGUUCAUUGAGAUCUUUCCUGCAAAAGUGCCAUAUCUCCUCGAGCAUAAACCGGUCUGGCUAUAG